CAUUUAUAUAUUUUUUAGGGACAGAGAGAGUAAUAAGAAUAAAUCUCUGUAUAUUCCUGUAGGUGUGUAUGUCCGAGCUUCUUUCUAUCAACACAUUAUACCUUUUACAUCCAAUUAGGCGUGACGAGAUAACCCGUUUUGUGGAUUUGCUAGCACAAAGUGCCGGGGCUAGUAAGGCAGUUGAUGUUAGUUCAGAACUUGUUGCAGUUACAUACAACAUAAUAUCUAGAAUGACAAUCGGCAAAAGAUGUGGAAAUGAUGAUGGUGAUGAUGAAGCUAGAGAUAUCAUGAAAUGUGUCCAAGAAAUGUCCAAAAUCAGGGGGAAGUUUAAUGCAUGCGAUUAUAUUUGGUUCCUAAAGAAGUUGGAUUUGCAAGGGUAUAACAAAAGGAUUGGAGAUGUGAGGAAGAGGUUUGACAAUAGGAUUGAGAAGAUCAUUGAAGAGCAUCAAGAGGAGAGAAUGAAAUGGAAGCAAAGUAAAGUUGUAGGAGAAGGUGAAACAGUGAAGGAUUUGCUUGAUAUAUUGCUCGACUUGUCUGGAGAUAAAAGCUCACACACAAUUAAGCUAACAAAAGACAACAUCAAAGCUUUCCUCCUGAAUUUAUUUGCAGCUGGAGUUGCGGCUUCCGCGGUUACAAUAGAAUGGGCUCUAGCGGAACUGAUUAAUCGUCCCGACAUUAUGAAGAAAGCAACUCAAGAGAUUGACUCGGUGAUUGGAAAUGACAAACGGCUUGUGGAUGAAUCCGAUCUUCAAAACCUUCCUUACCUUCAAGCCGUUGUUAAAGAAACACUUAGACUUUAUCCGGCAGCAACGUUAAUCAAGAGACAAUCAAGUGAAGAUUGCGAGAUUGGUGGUUACCAUAUUCCGGCGAAAACCCGGCUUUUCGUCAAUGUUUUGGCUAUCGGAAGGGAUCCUGAUUAUUGGGAAAAUCCACUUCAAUUCUGUCCAGAAAGAUUUCUACAUGAUAAUCAAGGAAACGGAGUCGCAGCUCCGGUAGAUGUGAAGGGACAGCAUUUUCAAUGUUUGCCGUUUGGUAGCGGAAGAAGAGGGUGCCCGGCAACUUCAUUGGCUUUACAAAUUGUGCAAAAUUGCCUUGCCGUUAUGAUUCAACGCUUUGAAUGGAAAGUUGAAGGAAAUAAUGGUAAAGUGGACAUGGAAGAAGGAAAUGAUACCACACUUCAUAGAGCAAAUCCUUUGAUUUGUUUCCCUGUGACAAGGCAUAGUUAA